CAAAUUGACUUUUAGAAAUUUUUGUGUGACGAAGACGACGGACGAGUGUUUCACUUAUUUGUUCAAAUUUUUUAUCCACGGUCUUGUUGCAAUUUCAUAUUGCGCAUUUCGUAUAUCUAUUGGAAAGGAAAACUGUGACAUUCUUUUGUUUGGACCAAUAAUUUCAUUGUUGACACUCACGUGCGGCAUUGACAAUUAAAAAGAAAAACAAACUUAAGUUUGUAACAAAAUUCUUGAAAAAAAUCCCCUGCUAACUGCUUGACAUGGGAAAUUCUACUUCAAAAUCGGAAGGUGGUGCCAGCGGAGAGGGUGGCGGUGAAGUACCCGAUGGGAAAGCUAAAGGUAAUAAAGCAAGUUCUCAUCAGCCAGUGAAUGGUAAACCAAAUUCCACUGCGGCAGCUAUGCUCAAGGUCGAAAGCACUAUGAGUCGUUCUGCUUCGGGUUCAGAUGUUACUGAGAAAUAUUUCACCCAAUUAGUGCCCAUAGAAAAACUAUCGGAGAUACUUAAAGAGAAAUCUUCAGCUAAGUGUGGCGUUAAUGGCAUUGCGGCUGAGGUGUUUGUGUCCCAAGUAUUUCCUCACUACACUGAUUUGGGUCAACGCCUAUUUAAAUUAAUGCAUACAACAUCGCGAGCCACUACCGCUCACUUGGGUACAGUAGCGUUUCGUCAACAAUGUGAACGUUUCUUGGGCAUAAUGGAUGAUGCCAAGGCGUUAGAAUGCUACAUUAAAAUGUAUGCACAACAGGAUAAUCCAGAUUUUAUUGACAAGGAGGGCGUUACUCGCUUAUUGCAUAUUUGCUAUACAAUUGCUAUGCAACAUUCGGGCAAUGCUGUAAUAUGUCCUGCGAUAAAUCGCACCUUCAGUUCCGUUACAAAAUCGAUUUUCUUCAGCCACGAUACACUAAGUCUCGGUUAUGUCUGUCGUUGGUUCGAACAGAAUCUGAUUCGUUUAGUAUUAUUGGUGCAUAAAUAUUGUGUUCACACCCUAUCGACCGCCUAUCGUGGUCUCGAACAAGACGCACAAUCAUGCGGUAUUGAAUUACAAACUCCCGUUUUAGAGCAACGUAAUCCAUUUGCCGAUAAAUCUUCAUCGUCGUCUUUAAAUAGUGCUAAUGGUGGUUCGUCUGAUAGUGUUGAUGCCUCUUCCUCUUUAAUGCCAUUAUCACAAGCCUGGUUGCUGGCUGGUGCCUUGCCGCCAUUGUAUUCGAAACCCCAAAAGGUUACUUCACCCACAGCUAAUAAAGCAUCAGCAUCGCAAAUAUUCAUAGAAAAACUAUCUAUGAUGCCAUCACAUUGGACUUUAUUGUAUGAUUCAAAUGAGCAUGGUUUGGGUGCAAAUCGUUUCUUGCAUCACGUUCUCGGUUACCGGGGACCCACUUUGAUUCUUAUACACACUAAAGAUGAUCAAACAUAUUUGAUUGCUUCGCCGGCAGAAUGGAAGGAAACACAUUUGUAUACCGGUGGAGAGGGCAGCUGUGUCAUACAAUUAUGGCCCAAAUUUUCAAUGUUGGAAAAGAAGCCUAAUAUUUUAUACUUAAACACCAGCAUACGCGGUUAUCCUAAAGGUUUACGUGCUGGUUCUGAUCCUAGAAAACCAAUUCUAUCUGUGGAUGAACAUUUUGAAAAUGUUGAUUGUAAGGGUAUUGCUGCAGUUUUACUUUCAAUUGAGGUAUGGGGCUGUGGAGAUAAGACAUCACGUGAAGUGCAGUUGGAUAUUAAAAAAUGGCAAAUUAAAGAAGCUGAACGACAACGUACAGUUAAAUUAACAGCAGCUGAUUGGAUGGAUCAUCCAGAUCGUUUCCUUUUAGAAUUGGGUGGACGACAAAACUACAACAACUAAUGUUAAGAAAAAAAAACAAAGACGACGUAAACCACGACAACAGGGAGUUACGAGUGAGUUUUGAGUUAGUAGUUUGAGCAGUUUAGUAGUCCAUGGUACACAGGAACCAGUUAGUUACAUAUUAUUAUUAUUAUUAUUAUUUUAUUAUUUGAUAAGUUUAAUUUGACGUAUGAAUGGGUGGGUGGUUUGGCGGCUGCUUAUAUAUGUAUGUAGGCAAGAGUGUAUGACAGAUGAUUAAACAAAUAAAUAAAUUAAUAAGAAAAUAAUAAAAAAAAAAACACAAACAAACUAACAAAAUACUGAUAAAAUGUUACUGAAAAUAAGAGAAAUCAUUAUUAAUAAACAAAACAAAAUUGUGCCUUUUUGUUGCUUUAAUUUAUUAAAUUGUUAAUGUAUUUUUUUUGUGUGUUUUCAUUUGUUAACAAAAUGUCUAAAUAUAAAUGUAUGUUUAAGUCUUUUUUUUCUUUAUUUUAAAAACAACCAACGAUUUAAACGAUAAAUUGUUAAUAAAAUAUGUACUUAAAACCCCCCUCCCAUUAUUGCAUAUAAAAAAAAGAAAUUGUCUGUAUUAGUAUAAUUUUUAUAAAAA